GGUUAUUAAGGUCACGUUGAGUCAAAAUGUCGGAUGAUUAUGUUUACGGAAUUCUACUUAUAGUUUCAGUGGGCGCAGGGGUUUUAAUACGAUAUGCAAAAACUCCAUUACAGAAGAAACUUCUAUCAACAUGCAUUGGCAUAUGUUUGAUAAUAUUUCCUUGCGGUAUAGAAGCCAUGCAUCCCUUAAUAGUCACCCUAGGAAAUUGUCUUUUGAUCAAAUUUCUAGGUGCUAGGUGGUGUCAUGUUGCCAGUUUUGCCUGGUGUUUUGGCUACCUAGCUUUCUUCAGAGCUGCUCACUUGUUUGGUUUGUCAAGACCACACCCAGUUACCAAUGCUGUUCAACUAUUCAAUGCACUUAGGAUGAUAGGAGUAGCAUUUGAAGUACAUGAUGCUGAUUACGUGCAGAAGAGGGACAAAGAUACAGAGGAAGAUAUUGCCCUAAGGAAAAGCUUCCAACUUAAACCUUCCUUCCUAGAUACCAUACACUAUUCCCUGUGCUACAUUGGCUUAUUUACAGGUCCAUACUACAAAUACAGAACAUACUAUGACAUGUUACAUAUACCUGAAGAUGCUCAUAUACCUAUAUAUAAAUAUGCUGUACAGAGAUUAAAACAAAUACCAAUAAUAGCUGCAAUAUAUCUUGUUUGUUCCUACUUCUUUAGUAUAGAGUAUGUUAAAACAGAAGAGUUUCAUGAAAAUCCAUUUUGGUUCCGUAUUUUUUACAUGGUGCCGAUGUUCCAAAUAUUUCGAUCUCGUCUGUAUUUAGCAUGGAUCAUGUCCGAAGUAAUGUCCAUGAUGGCAGGGCUCGGAGCAUAUCCAGUUGAGAGUAAAGCCCGGUGUGGGGAAGGACCAACUAAUCUCAAGGCACUGAAACAUUGUCAUGAAAGGGACCAGAAAUCUGUUGAGUAUGAGUUUGAGACUAUACAUAAUUUGAGUAUCUGGGGCUGUGAGCUGGCCCCUACAACUAGGGAUGGUUUACGGAGCUGGAACAUGAGUGUACAGUAUUGGCUAGCUGCGUAUGUUCAUAGACGUUUACCCAGGUCCUAUGGUGCCAUGAGGGUAGCAAUAACUAUGGGGGUGAGUGCAUUUUGGCAUGGAAUACAUCCAGGAUAUUAUCUUAGCUUCCUGACGGUGCCCCCCAUUCUGAUCGCGGAGGAUCUCAUGAUCGCAGCUUUCCGUAAGGGCUCGGCAACGCAGCUUCACCUGUUUGACUGGGCGUGCUGGUUUUUCAAGAUGCGCGGCUUCGACUACAACUGUAUGGGAUUCUUGCUAUUAAGUUUAGAACACACUUUAGGAUACUGGAGUACCAUAUAUUUUAUACCACAUAUAGUUAUCUUUAUUUUUAUCGUUAUUGGACUUGCGUUGAAAUCUUUGAAAAAAUCAAAAAAGAAGAAGAGUGAAUGAUAUUUUUAUAGGUUAUUUAAUGUUAAAGUAGAUUUUUUU